GAGUGUAGAAGGGGGACGGGGGGAUGCGAGGGAAGGGGGCGGCGAGCACCCCCACGUGCAAAGGGAGGGAGGUAAUGAGCACCCCCGCGUGCAAUGGGCUGGUGGGAGCGAGUACCCCGUGUGCAAGGCGAGGAGGCAGUGAGCGGCCCUGUGUGCUGGGGGGUGGUGGGAGUGCCAGGCUGGUGUGUACGUACACGAGCGUGUCGUGCUCCCAUGGCUGCACUGAAGCACGUGCUGGUGCCCGGUCCUGGAGGUUGAGGUGCUGGUGGCGUGCAGCACAGUGUGUCCCUGUUCCUCUGCUGCAGCCGCACCAUGGAGGUCAGCCACUCGGUCAAGGAGCGCACCAUUGCCGAGAACAGCCUGGUCAUCCUGCUGCAGGGCCUGCACGGCCACGUCACCACCGUGGACCUCCGUGACGAGAGCACGGCCACGGGGCGCGUGGCCAACGUGGAUGCCUUCAUGAAUAUGCGCCUGGCCAAGGUGACCUUCACAGACAGGCGAGGCGUGGUGUCACAGCUGGAUGAGAUCUUCGUGACCGGCAGGAACGUGCGCUACGUGCACAUCCCCGACGAGGUGGACAUCAGGGCCACCAUCGAGCGGCAGCUGCAAGCCAUCCACCGCGUGCGCUACUUCGGGGGCCGCGACAAGGGCAGGAGGGAGUUCCCUCGGGCCAAGCACAAAUGAGCCCCACUGCCUCCUUGGUGGGACACCGGGUUUUUCUUCACUGAACAACCCAACUUCAAAGGGUCGGUGAUCUUCAGCUCCAUCCCUGUGCAACUGGCAGCUACUCCUCUAUCCCUCUUCUUAUGGUUUUCCAGCUCUCAAACAAAGCCCUUUUGGCCACAA